AAUAUACACACAGAUUUGCACAUUACUUUGUCUUAUUUCAUGGUAUCAGAGCCAUUCAAAUCUGUGACCUAAUUUUUUUUUUUAAAACACAGCCGCCGCCGCCGUUGUUUGUAAACAACCACCCCCGCUGCAAGACAUAUCUGUCUAGUUUCUUGCCGCCGCUGUUCAUCUUAAUAACAGUCGCCGCAACAUGUCUACCUCUCCUCAAACCUCUUCCACACAGGUGGUCGUCGCAGCCGCACCCUCUCGUACCAACUCAGUUCUUCUGACAAUCCCGGUGCUUUGAUAUCCUCUGUUAUUUUGCAAGAGGAUAACUAUGCUGAGUGGGCUACGGAACUGCAGAACUCCCUCCAAACAAAACAUAAGCUUGGUUUUAUCGAUGGAUCUACUCCAAAACCGACGUUUGAACCCGAUCUCAGCAUGUGGCGUGCUGCAAAUUCCAUGAUUGUGGGUUGGAUCCAAACCUCUAUUGACCCUAAACUCCGCUCAACUGUUUCUUUCAUUGCCGAGGCUUCAACUUUGUGGGAGAGUCUUCGGUCUCGGUUCUCUGUUGGUAAUGGGGUUCGCAAGCAAGUUCUCAAAGAUGAGAUUGCGGAGUGCAAACAAAACGGACAAUCGGUGUUAGAAUAUUAUGGCCGCUUAUCGAAACUUUGGGAGGAGCUGCAACACUAUAAAACAGGUCGUCAGUGUACCUGUUCCGCUGCUCCGGAUAUUGCUAAGGAACGUGAAGAUGACCGUGUUCAUCAAUUCCUUUUUGGGCUUGAUCUUCCACGGUUCAGCAACCGCCGUUCUACAAUCACUGGUGAAGAUCCCAAGCCGCCACUCACUCAAGUUUUUUCUCGUGUCAUCCGUAAGGAACAAAAUCUCAACGUUGCACGCUCCAAAGAAACAACUAAAACAGAGGUUCCCCCUCAAGCGGCUGGUGUCUCUGCUCCUCGCUUCCGUGAUCGUUCUACUCUUUCAUGUACUCACUGGCGUUGUCAAGGACACGACGUCUCUGAAUGUUUUCAACUCCACGGGUAUCCGGAGUGGUUCUUUGAACAAAAAGGCGGCCCUCGCUCCGACAUCAGCCAACCGAAUCGUUCUGUUCAGCGUGGUGGUCGUCCAACAAGGGGUUCUGGUCGCAGUCGAGGUCGUGUCAACACAGCCCGUAUGGUGUCUCCAUCCGACACUGGAAAUAAUCAGAUCACACAACUGAUCAACCUGCUCGAAGCUCAACGCUCCAAUACAUCCUCAGAAAAACUGUCUGGACCGUUUUUCAAGUACUUUGAUUGGAGCAGGUGAAGAGCGUGAGGGAGUGUACUAUUUUACGGGAGUGUUGGCAUCACGGUCUCCUAAGUUAUCGGCUCAUCAUCUUUCAUCGAGUGCUUUGUGGCAUAGACGGCUUGGCCAUCCUUCUCCUAGUGUUUUAGUUACUUUAUCUGAGUGUGUUCCUUCUCCUACCAUUGUUGGAGAUAUCAAAAGUUGUGACAUUUGUUUCCGUUCAAAACAAACAAGAGAUGUUUUUCAUGAUAGUAGUAAUAAAGCUUCUGAUUGCUUUUCA